AUGGAUUCUCAAUCCAAGAGGUCCUCUUAUUGCUCUACGCUGUUAAGAAUAGACCCAGAUGCGUCCCUUCCAAAAGCUCCACCAGUUGACAUUGAGGUCCAUGGUUUGAAGGCAAAAGUGCUUCUGAAUCGCCCACAGGAAGACAUCAUCCCAGCAAAAUAUCUUCAGAAGGCGGAUCAAUCUUGUUGCGGUCGAAAAUUCAUCUUCGAAGACGCGGCCAGGGCACAAGGUAAGGUGCUCUACGCUCUUCUUGACGAGAUUUUGACGCUGCUGGAUAUCAAUCGGGAAAUGGAUGAUCAUCGAUCAUACUUCUUUCUCAGGCCGAGAUUGUUGAAUUGUCAUAUGGAAUACUGGACCGGCUAUCGCCAGAAACAUCAAGAUGCACCGCUUACAGCUGGUAUGGUCUGCAUCGACUCACGUCCGUCAUUUUCAUCCAACAAAUCGGUUCUUCCCAUUUCAACGACAACAAAACCGAAGCAAUCCCUCGAAUCUGCCCUGGAAGGGAAGUUCAAGCUUCUUUUGACGCAUCUGCUGCUUCAUAUCCAUCGACUCCAUCCACCUGGCGACAAAUUCCCUGACCAAGAGGUUUUCCUGAUCGGCCUGCACGGGUCUCGAUUGCAUAUCUUGCGUGCCAUAUUUCCUGGUUAUAAAACUUCCAGGAUCUGGAGUGGUAGACACAAUCCGUCAUCCAAUACCGAAUCGGAACGGUCAUUCACUCAGAAUCCAAAUGAGCGUUUCUACUCUAGACAGAAUGUAGAACGAGUUGUACAACAGGUCGAAUGGCAUAAGCUAUCAAAAGCGGACGGUGAGCGAAACUUCCGCGCGUUUCGAGUCCUGGGAAGCCAAGAGUACAACUUGUGGAUAAACUCUGAGUUUCGUGCUGCAGUGAGAUUAAUUGUUGGCUUGACAAUGUACUUGAUGAGUGGAAAUGCGCGUUGCGGUGUGCUCCAGCAUGUCUUCCAGCGUUUCCCAUAUGAUGAAGUUAAUAAGUCUGACUCUGCACGCGCGAAAGGCGAGUAUAAAUUUGCAAAGGAGCAGGAGGAUGUCGUGGUUGUCGUUAAAAAAGACGAAGAGUUGGGUGAAAUGGAGAAACAGAAGCUUGAGAAAGAUCAAGAACGAGCCCGAACUCGAGACACGAUGCUAUUUUCCUCCAAUGACCAAAUCCAAGCUUUCGAAGGCAUCCAUCAAUCUUGGUGGGACUGGGUCUGGGAGGAUGAGAAUGGUGAAGGGUGUGCAAAAAAGAAUUAUCAAGAUGUGACUUAUAGUGUUCCCGAUAUGCCUGACCAGCCAUGA